AUGGAUCACUUGAAGCAGACAAGAGAAGGUGGAGUCUGGACGGGGGGAAACGAGGUCCGCGACCGACUGGUAAAGUCGAAUAUUUUGUAUAUUGACGGCCGAAAUUUGCUUCAAAGCCGUAUGCUCGAUUACUACCCUCUGGGAAGAAGUGGUAGUGAGGCAUCACAGGCAAGCGACGGGAUAUCCAACUCUGCCAACAGCGGCAGCAGUUUAUCUCGAUAUAAAACGGUUCCACGUACAGCGCAGCACCAGUCCCCCUAUACAAUAGAGCAAACGAUUUGGUACGUUGUGAAACGACAAUAUCGCUUUCAAACAGAUACUAACUACAAUCAGCUGGAGGAUGUGUGCGUGAGCAUUCUUAAUUUGGCCCUGAUGGAAGCGCCUCCCGGCAUCCCAUUCUUGGGGCCAGAAGUGCUAUUUGCUUCACUAGAUGAGUAUCACUCUCGCUUGUUCGCGAAUUACUAUAAAUGGUGCGACUACGUCGGCACAGCGCCCUUUCCGUGGAGGUGCCCACCUUGGCUUGAAGACAGCUACUGUUCAGAAGACGCCAAUUUGAAAAAAGUGAAGGCUGAUUGUGCGGAGGAGGAUUCAGAAAGCAUUUGCUCCCCUCGGACUCGCCAGGAGCUCCAGCAGAUGAUGUUUGAGGUAGCAACUUUUAAACUGCUUUGGGCAGAGGCGGCAAAUCUUCGGCAUACACCUGAGCUUCUGUGCUGGCUCUUUCAUUGGUUAUGCGCGGCUUGGGACAAAGAUUUCAGGCCUGAGGAAGAUUUCAUUGACCUAAUUCGAGAUGCCAUCCAAAGAAUUCGAGACGAGCAAUGGUACAUGGCUACGUCUCUGCACACUCCCGAUCACAAUGCUCGGUUGAUUUAUGAUGACUUCAAUGAGCUUUUUUGGAGCCGUCGGUGCCUUGAUCUUCUGCAGCAGCAUGCCAAAGAUACUGGCACCCCUGAGCAAGGCUUGAAAAGCAAAGCCCAAUUCGCCCAUCCGCAAGAAGACACCAGAUCUUUUUCAGAUAGCUUCUUGAGGUCCGAUGCCCGCCCAAAAGACGAAAAAGCGCGCUGUAUGGGACUCUCAGUUUCUCGAGAGAACCUGAAUGCUGUUAUAGCGGAGCUCUCCUGUUCAUCAAAACCUGGAUCUGGAGUCAAGACUUUCGUAGAACAUAGGACCUAUGCUCAAGUUCUACGCAAUUUUUGGCGCGUGUUUGCAUGGCACGUGACCACUUUUGCUGGCAUCCUACUGCUCUACGCUGUCGUUGACGAAGAGUCUUCCUACUCUGUGAGCAAACAGUGGUCCAUCUUGACGUUGACUGCAAUUCUCUCUUACGGAAUGCUUCCUGUCCUUGAUCUGUUGCUCGUUAACUAUCGGAAGCUGGUCGAACGACAAUAUUGGAAACUUACAUGGAGACGGAUCCCACUUCAUCUAGUACGACUAGCUUUUGCUGUAGCAGCAUUGGUGACAGUGUCCUUGGAUGGACUUGAUUCAGCUUUCCUGCACUGGAAUGUAUGGGGUUUUGGCUUGCAAUCUCCGUUUCCGGUGAAAUAUCUCAGGCAUGCCAUCUGCGGUGACGCAGUCGCCCACUGCUUUGCAGUUACGCCGGCAGAAAACGACUUCCAGCGACCUUCUGCGCAAUAUACAAAUAACAGCGAUCCCUACACUAAAAUGGUGCCUAUGUUAGCAGCCAAGAUCAUGACUCAAGCAGAAGAACCACGAGAAAGAAGCACAAGAGAAAAUCAUGAUGAGGCGGCUAUGAAGAGAUUCGGAUUUUUAUGGAAUGAGAUCAUACAAAGCUGGCGCGACGAAGAUAUAAUAAACUUCGCUGAACAAGAAAAGCUUGAGUUUAACGAGCUGCCGCGAAUCUCGCUGGAGACGAAUAGUCUCUCAGAUUUGUAUUUAGGCCGUGGAGACGCAGUCGCGGACUGGAGCCAAUCUGCUGUUCGCCACCCGGUUUAUGUAUAUUGCAAUGAGCUUGCAAAAUUUUUGAAGAGCUGCGAAGAUUUCCAUUAUCAAGCCAGCGGCGACAUGCUUCGGCUGUGCAGCAAGCAAAGUCUUGCAAAGACCUUUUACCGCGAGUACCUUUCAAGUGAUCCUAACAACAAGGACCCUAGGUUUGAGACGUCAAUGCACCUGCAGGCGUGCGGCGAAAUCGCUGAAGCUUUUGUCCUAUACCUUGCAAGAUACUUCAGAGAUGGGCCUCAGCUGGUGUGGGCAAUGGAAGAACUAUGGUCAUGGGUAAGCAAAGACCAUUCAAGGCUUCUGUGGCUCAACCUCCAAGGGCUUAAGGCCUUGUCCAACGCGUUGCACGGCGUCUUUGUUCUUAUACAAAGAGCCAGCUUCUGGGCGCCAAGUGAUGCUGACAAACUGGCAAAGGCAAAUGCACAGCUGAAAAAGGCAUUACUUGCAAUGAUCAUGCUUCCAAGCACUGAACCAGAGGAACUGGGGGAAUCAAACAUUCCCCUGGUUGUCCAAGACUACGUGAAAGCCGUUAGUGUCUGCUUUGGAUCCGACUCCUGGGUCAAGGAUAUCCCGUCAAUCUUGCCAUCCCCGAUACAGCGUGCGGAAGUUGCAGUUAUGAUUGAACAACUCGAAAUACUUCUGCAGCAUACCUCGUCAUUGCUGCUCUCUAAUGAAGGAGAAAAAGAUGCAGUGAAUACAGAAGAUCUUCCACUUCUUCCUGAAGAGUUGGCGGAAAUGCGGGCGCUGUACGCACAACUAGGGGAAGCCAACGCAAGUUUGGUAUUGGGGGACAACGGCAUACAAGAUGGAUACUUCUAUAGCAGAGAGCCAGCCGACGCAAGCAGGAUAGCAUCUGUAGAGCACGCUCUGCGGCUGUUUUUUCGAAGGGCAGCACGCAUUCUUAAGGCAGAAGAUCCAUCCUUCAGAUGUGCGGAGACCCAACGAAGGUUUGGGACGUUUGUCAACUCGCUUCUCAUGAGAAUCCCAGAGACUCCAUUGGUGCGCAACAUGGUGUCAAUGAUGACUUUGACACCGUACUACAGAGAAGACACUCGUCUUGAUCUACAGGCAAGCAAAAUGGAUUUGGAGAAGCGCACCGAUGAGGGUGUCUGCAAAAUGGAUUUGCUGCGUAGCUUACACCCAGUAGAGUUCGAUAACUUUAUCGAGAGGGUUGAUCGUGACAGAGAUAUGUUUACAAUAAGACAAGAAAUAGAAGACCGUGUCACGGAUUCUCCUGAGCGCCGGAACCUAGCCUUACAGGACAUCCGCGCCCAAAUGCAACAGUGCGGUUUACUACAUCGAGACACCAAUCGGCUAGACGAAGCUCAGCUUGACAUCAUUAGGAGCCCAGAAGGGGCUUUGUGGAGAGAAGUUGUUAAUUUUGCACCUCCGUACGAAACGAAGCAGUCGACACGGGAACUGGCUCAACUGAAGUACCAGUAUGUGGUUGCUGCCCAAGAGUUCGGGACUGACCUCAACGCUCAGAUGCCAACAAAUGGCUGUGAGCCAUCCCUCUCUCUGCGGGCUCAACUGCUUAGAAAGGUAGCUUUGUACAAACUUCUGGUGCGCUACCCCACCCUUCGCAUUGCGACGCUUGAGCAUGAACGCACUCCGGAUGGCAGGCCAACAGGACACAAGCUCAGUGUUCUCUACCGACUUACCGCCGAUAUUGAUCCGAUUGGUGAACAAAUCACCACUCCGGCCGCGGCAUCGCCCACAGAGUUGAGGGCCGCUGGAAGAUUCGUUAAACUUGCAGACGGGGAAGUGGUACCUGCACAAGUCCCCAAGCUCCUUGUGCCUGCACCACGUAUACCUGUCUGUACGCCGGGCGCCAACAUGGGACCGGACUCAACUGUCACGAUAAAAAUCAGAAGCGGAGGAAACAGCAGUGAGGGAGGCCGAUCUGGUGAGGUCGUUUCAAGCCCUAGUGGCAAGACGCCUGCAACUCCUUUCACAGCGCACGCGGCGGGAAGAGGCACAGCGGCAUCCAAAGGCAUUGGUCAUAAUGGUUCCCCUCUUCAAGACAAUACGAAGCAACUGCAGACGAAAUCAACGCAGCAUCAUUCGUCCAUUGUAGAGGGCACACGCCAACUGCUGAAGCAGGGUUUCACACUGAAUGAGAUGGAUUCGCCACCAUUCUGUGGCUCGAAGGACAAAGAUUGUGACAAGAAUGUAACCUUUGGCCAAGCAGCAUCUCCAGCGGAAUCUGACGCUCAGGCAAAUUCGCGGCAGUCACUUCACGUACACGGCAGAAGAACGGGCGUCGGAAAUAAUGGUGGAGCCGGUGAUUUCGAGUCUAAAAUUGCUCGCGCCAUUCACUGGUUACAUAAGAAAAAACAGUGUGACCGUUCACUAUUUGCUGCGCGGACCAAGACUACGUUUCAGUACACGGCAUCGUCUCCACUGGCAAAUGGAGAGUCAGAUCCUAAGAAUAAGCUGAGUUUGCCGCGACAUGAGAUGACGGACGGACCACAGUGGAGUUCACUUCCCAUGCUGCAUCGAGGCAUGCCACAUGGCCUUGCCGAAGAUGCGUUGGAGGCAGCUCAAGCCGUCACGACUCCCUUACGAAAUAGCAAUCGCCUUGAUACACUGCAGGAAAAUGCGGAUGAUGCAGGCUUAUCACAACAUUUGCAUUCGCAGGGGCUUCAGGGAGAACCUCAGUUGCAUCCAGCUCCAGUCCACAACGCAAGCCCGCAUACAUUCAUUGGACACGGACAAACAAACUGGAACUUCUCAAGCGCUUCGGGAGAAUGGGAAGAUUACGAAAACAAGAGCACUUCUGUAACUUUGAGAAAUUCGCGUCAUGCACGUUCAAGCUCAUCCCGAAGGAAAUUUCGGGGUACAUGGACAAAAAAGUGUUCAUCUACCGUCAGACCCUGUCAAGCGCCAACGCUGCUGGAAUCGCAAUUUGCCCGUGCUUUGGCGCUGGACCUCUUGAACCCAGUUAUUUCAGGUGCAGACGCUGAGAGGCAUCCGCCUGCAUCCAUUUUGCGUGGAUUCUGCUCUGCUGUGGACGGUUCUUCUCGGCAAUCCACACUGCAGUUUAUCCCAGAUGAGUACGAUUCAAGCGACCCUAGGAAACCACUGAUUAGACAGCAAAUGUCACGUGUGAGGAGGUACUCCAUAAUCACUUUACAUCCUGGGCAAAAUGGCACACAGGCACGCAAAGAGUUGCAAACUCUAGAUUUGCACUCUUGGGAAUGCGGGUGGGACGCCACUGCUUCGCGCGUGGGGGGCGAUACUCUGGUAGGAAGUAGGAUAGAUGCCAGCAAUGCAAAUUGUGUCGAGCUGAUUCACCCUCAGCCCAGACAGUUUAGGCAUCGGCAAGAUCCAUGUCAUCGAGCGGAAUUUCAAGCUUCUCCACGCACUGUAGCGUCGAGCAGUGCAGCUACCAGUCUGGAUUUGCAUGAGGGGAGGAUUCAACAACGACCAGAGAACUUAGGAACAUCGGAGCGAGGCUUUGAGACGCGUGUAAACUAUUCAAGCACAGCUGCACACAGGAGCAACAGCCUUGGAGCUCUCAGGGAGAGGGGAAUUCUGACGAUGAAGGAACGCGUAGCAUUUUUCGAAGAUAAGCUGUCACGGCACCAAGCUCACGUGGAAGCUGAGGCACAAAGGAUAGCCAGAAAGCAACGUGACUCACAUCGUGGUGGAAUGAUUUGGCCAUCCCGCCGGGGCCCCCUAAGAUUAGAGGCAAUCUACAAGAUUCGUCUCCCGCUGAUUGUGGAUGAGUCUGGGAUGCCCUGGGGUCGCACCCCGAUCAUUGGUCCCGGAAAGCCCGAGAAUCAAAACCAUGCCAUUGCCUUUUCCCGGAUGGACACUAUGCAGCAGAUGGACAUGAAUAUGGAGUCAUAUCUGGAAGAGGCGAUUAAGCUUCGCAAUUUGCUUCAGGAGUUUGCUUUAAAUGCACGAAUGCGGAUUCUCGCCAGGGGCUAUUGCGUGCACCACGCAGACUAUAUACAGUGCGGCAAAGGACGAGACGUCGGUCUGCAACAAGUUGUCAUGUUUGAGAAGAAAGUUGCUGGCGGCAAUGGCGAACAAGUUCUUAGCCGAGAUUUAUACCGCCUCGUUUCUAACAUGGACUUCUUCCGAGUGCUGUCGUUGUGGUUCACUGGCCCUGGAUUCUUCUUAAAUUCGGUCAUCCUCGUUCUGGCAGCGUACGUCUGCCUGUAUACGAAAUGCUUCUUAGCUUUUGCAAAAUACAACUACAGCGGGCCCGUCGAAAGUGCCCUAGAAUACGUAUUGACGCCUUCCACAUACAUCCAGUUUCAGCUUGGGAUGCUUCUUGUGCUACCUCUUGUCCCAUGGCUUUUCCUUGAGAAGGGUUUUGGCUCAGCAUUGCGGAAGUUACUAGAUCUUAUGAGCAAGUUUUCCGUUACUUACUACAACUUCAUGACUUGUACGAAAGCUUCCGUCAUAGAUCACGUAUUAAUAUACGGUGGAGCGAAGUACCAGGAAACUGGCCGAGGAUUCGUCAUAGAACGUGCAACCUUGAAAGACAUCUGGAUGUUUUUUUACUUCACACACUUUUCUGUUGGCUUGGAAAUGUUCGUUCUUCUCAUCAUAUAUGCUACGUACGCAGGUCUCGAUGCAGGCGUCUUCUUUCUGGACACGUGGCCGAUUUUCUUAAUGGCAGCUUCGAUAAAUUCUGUGCCGUUCAUCUUUAACCCAUUGGGAUUCUACUAUCCUCGGCUGCGACAAGACUUCACGAGCUGGAAUGCAUGGCUGUCAUCCCAUGAACUGUCCAUGCCAAAAGAAUCAUGGGUAUCAUGGUGGCGAGAGGAGAUGGAGCAGAGAUGUAACAUCGUAUGGCACCAUAAACUCAUCAUUGUCCUCCGACUUCUACGAUUUCCACUUCUUGCUGCAGGAAUUAUAUCUUGCGUCGCCACAUCCAUACAGUCGGCUGACGUAGACUGUGCAGUUUAUCUGGUGGCAGCGUCUGGACUGUUCGCUUCCAUAAAGGCACUUCUACGAGAGCUACAGACGGUCAGCCCCUCUAUAAAGGCGUGGCUCUCUCUCCUUCUUGUAGCGGGAGCAUCAAUUUUGGUGCUGUGGCUUGUCAUAACGGGCAAGAUCUCGCUAGGGUCUCUCGUUGUUUCAUUCUUUGCUCUCGGUCUCUUCGUGUACGGUGCUCUUGAAAUCGCCUUUGCACUUUUGGACCGGUGGGCAGUCCGCAGCGACAUGCUCUCGGACGUGAUUCGAAUGUACCACCGCUUUGCGGGCUUCUGCAUUUUUGCGCCUUUGCUGGUUCUCUCUGCCAUUACCACAAGCGUGCAUCAUCUUCAAACGCGCAUCCUUUUCAACCCGACUUUUGUCUCCAUAGUUAAAAGCGGCCUUGUGCAGCGCGAACAAGUUGAGAAAAGUGGCCGGGGCCACAGCUGA